AUGCGUGUAGGAACAGAAGUUUUUGUUGAUAGACAUUGCCGCUACACGAAUUGUUUUGUUACUUCGAAUCGAAAGUUACUAGGAGAUUACACAAAAUUUGAUGUGAUAGCAUUCGCAGGGCCUCAGACAGUGGUUUUGUCCAAAGCGUGGCUGCCAAAACGACGAUCACCGCAUCAGAAAUACGUUUUUGCAUCCAUCGAGUCGCCGGGCUAUUAUCCUGUUUGUUCUAAUAAGUUUGACGGAUACUUCAACUGGACUUGGACUUAUAGACUAGACUCAGACGCACGAUGGGGGUAUUUAAUCAUAAAAGAUGAAAAAGGGAACAUCAUCGGACCAAAGAAAGAUAUGCAUUGGAUCGAUAAAAAAGAUAUGCGUCCUGUGACUCCAGAAUUAAAGAAAAUACUGAGUGGAAAAACAAAAGCAGCUGCGUGGUUUGUGUCUAACUGUAUCACAAAAAGUAAACGCGAAUUAAUAGCUUUAGAGCUCCAAAGAGAAUUGAGCUCUAAAUACCAUUUUUAUAUAGACGCAUACGGCCACUGUGGUACUUUGAAAUGCAGUCGCGCCAACGAAAAGUUAUGUGAUGAGAAGAUAAAGAAAGAUUAUUAUUUUUACUUAUCUUUUGAAAAUUCAUUCGGUGAAGAUUACGUUACUGAAAAACUACUGCAUGCUGUUCGUUACAGUGCAAUACCAAUAGUGUACGGUGGUGCAAACUACAGCAGAUUUCUACCAGAAGGAAGCUAUUUGAAUGCCCGCGAGCUGGGCGUGCAGAAAUUGGCGAAACGAAUGAUCGACUUAAUUUUCGACUUCGAGGAAUACUCAAGUUACUUCAAGUGGACGAAUCAUUACUCGUAUCAUGCCAGGGCGGAGAGUGCAGACACUGACGACUAUUGCGGCAUAUGUGCCUUACUCAAUGACGAGAAGAAACUGAAGGAAACUACCACUUACCACGAGUUUGAGAAGUGGUGGGGCCUCAAUCCAGAGAGGUGUGAAGAAAUGAACCGGAAAGUCAGGAAUUGA